AUUGAGAGGCGUAGAGAACUCAUAAAGAUGAGAAGAGAUCUAUAGAUAUAUUACACAUUCACAUACAUAUAUAUAUAGAGAGAGAGAGAGAGAGAGAGAGAGAGAGAUAGAGAUAGAGAUAGAGAGAGAGAGAGAGUGUUGAUAAUCUUGUUGAAACUAUCACCAAUGGAGUUAUCUGCAACGACAACAACGCUCUUAACCAUGUCUAAAACCCUGAAUUCGACUUGCAUUUCUCGCCUCCACUGCCAUUUCUCCUCAACUCGCCCAACUCAACGCCUCCAUAUUCAACUCAGACGACUAUUCAACGCCGAGUUUCAGAGUCCCAAGCCAUUCAAUUCGAGAUCUUAUUCCUCCAAUUCGCUCAGAUGUUUGUGUGCUGCGGUGUCUGUGCCUCCAAUUAGGUCUCGCUUGCAGUGUGUUGACAGUUCUGCUGCUUCCUUCGCCUCCGCUGCUGGCGGCGGCGGCGGAGGGAUUCGUGGGAGUGGCGGAGGCGGCGGGGGCGAUGGUGCGUCGGAUAGUGGGGAAGCCAAGUGGAACUCGGUUGUCGGAGGGUCCAAAGAUGUUUCGGCUCUGUCUCCUGAUGUGAUAAUUCUUGAUGUUGGGGGUAUGACAUGUGGGGGAUGUGCAGCGAGUGUGAAGAGAAUUUUGGAAAGCCAGCCACAAGUGUCUUCUGCUAGUGUCAAUCUCACAACAGAGACAGCAAUUGUAUGGCCUGUGUCUGAGGCCAAGGUUAUACCGAAUUGGCAAAAGCAAUUAGGAGAUACCCUUGCGAAGCAUUUGACAAGUUGUGGGUUCAAGUCUAAUCUUCGAGAUUCUGUGAAGGAUAACUUCUUUGAAAUAUUUGAAAGGAAGAUGGAUGAAAAGCGUAAGCAGCUGAAAGAAAGUGGUCGUGGGCUUGCUGUCUCUUGGGCUUUGUGUGCUGUAUGCCUCUUUGGCCAUCUCUCUCAUUUUUUUGGAGCGAAUGCUUCAUGGAUUCAUGCCUUCCAUUCGACAGGAUUCCAUCUUUCUUUGUCAUUGUUUACAUUGCUUGGUCCUGGACAGCAACUCAUUGUUGAUGGUCUGAAAAGCCUUUUUAGGGGGACUCCAAACAUGAAUACUUUAGUUGGUCUUGGCGCUUUGUCAUCUUUCGGAGUCAGCUCUUUAGCUGCUUUAAUUCCAAAACUGGGCUGGAAAUCAUUCUUUGAGGAGCCAAUCAUGUUGAUAGCAUUUGUCUUGCUGGGAAGGAAUCUUGAGCGGAGAGCUAAAAUUAAAGCCACCAGUGACAUGACAGGCCUGUUAAGUAUUUUGCCAUCUAAAGCUCGUCUUGUGGUCAAGGGUGAUGCGGAAGAGUUGAGCUCAACUGUUGAAGUUCCUUGUAAUAGUCUCUCUGUUGGAGAUCAAAUUGUUAUAUUACCUGGAGACCGUGUUCCAGCUGAUGGAAUUGUUAGAGCUGGUAGAAGUGCAGUUGACGAGUCAAGUUUCACAGGGGAGCCUCUGCCUGUGACCAAACUACCUGGGGGCUGGAAAUCAUUCUUUGAGGAGCCAAUCAUGUUGAUAGCAUUUGUCUUGCUGGGAAGGAAUCUUGAGCAGAGAGCUAAAAUUAAAGCCACCAGUGACAUGACAGGCCUGUUAAGUAUUUUGCCAUCUAAAGCUCGUCUUGUGGUCAAGGGUGAUGCGGAAGAGUUGAGCUCAACUGUUGAAGUUCCUUGUAAUAGUCUCUCUGUUGGAGAUCAAAUUGUUAUAUUACCUGGAGACCGUGUUCCAGCUGAUGGAAUUGUUAGAGCUGGUAGAAGUGCAGUUGACGAGUCAAGUUUCACAGGGGAGCCUCUGCCUGUGACCAAACUACCUGGGGCUGAAGUUGCAGCUGGAACAAUAAACCUUAAUGGAACGCUUACUGUCGAAGUACGAAGACCAGGUGGUGAGACUACCAUGGGAGACAUUGUUCGUUUAGUAGAAGCUGCUCAGAGUAGGGAAGCUCCUGUACAGCGGUUAGCUGACAAGGUGGCUGGGCACUUCACUUAUGGAGUAAUGGCACUCUCUGCAGCCACAUUUUUGUUCUGGAACCUUUUUGGUGCACAAAUUUUACCAGUAGCUCUUCAUCAAGGAAAUCCUGUUUCAUUGGCACUGCAGCUGUCUUGCAGUGUUCUGGUUGUUGCUUGUCCGUGUGCACUAGGGCUAGCAACACCUACUGCAGUGCUGGUUGGAACUUCUCUAGGGGCUACAAGAGGAUUGCUUUUGCGUGGUGGAAAUGUCUUAGAGAAAUUUUCAAUGGUGAACACAAUAGUAUUCGACAAAACAGGGACAUUGACAAUUGGCAGACCUGUUGUGACAAAGGUGGUGACAUUGGGACAUGAGAACAAUAAAGAUUCACAACCAAAUUCAAAUUGUACAUGGUCAAAAGUGGAGGUUCUGAAGUUGGCAGCUGGAGUUGAAUCAAAUACACUUCAUCCAAUUGGGAAAGCAAUUGUGGAAGCUGCUCGGGCUGCAAACUGUUGGAAUGUAACAGUGGUAGAUGGAUCAUUCAUGGAGGAGCCUGGGUCUGGUGCUGUAGCAACUAUUGAGAAUAAAAAGGUGUCUGUCGGGACAGUGGACUGGGUUCGAAGGCAUGGAGUUGGUCAGUAUUUAUCUCAAGAAGUGGAGGAACUUAAGAAUCAAUCAGUUGUCUAUGUGGGAGUAGAUGGUACUCUAGCGGGUCUUAUUUAUGUUGAGGAUCAAAUCAGAGAAGAUGCUAGACAUGUUGUUGAAUCCUUGCAUAAGCAAGGUGUCAGCCUAUAUAUGCUUUCUGGGGACAAAAGGAGUACUGCUGAAUAUGUUGCAUCCAAAGUUGGAAUUCCAAGGGAAAAGGUACUAUCUGGAGUCAAACCAGAUGAAAAGACAAAGUUCAUAAGACAACUUCAAAAGGAUCAGAACAUAGUGGCUAUGGUUGGUGAUGGAAUCAAUGAUGCUGCUGCAUUAGCUUCUGCACAUGUAGGAGUUGCCAUGGGUGGAGGCGUUGGAGCUGCUAGUGAGGUGUCUUCUAUCGUGUUGAUGGGCAACAGGCUGUCCCAGUUGCUUGACGCCCUGGAGCUUAGUAGAUUAACUAUGAAGACUGUGAAGCAAAAUCUCUGGUGGGCCUUUGCAUAUAACAUGGUUGGAAUUCCAAUUGCAGCUGGAAUGUUGCUGCCAGUGACAGGGACCAUGUUGACUCCAUCAAUUGCCGGAGCCCUUAUGGGUUUGAGCUCGAUUGGUGUGAUGACAAAUUCAUUGCUUCUUAGGUUUAAAUUCAAUACAAAACAGAAUAGUGCGGAUCUGCUGAAGAUCAAAGACCAUUCAAACUUUGACUUUGUGGACCAAAAAUACAAAUUGAAGAACCCAUAAUACUGCUGGUAGAUAAGAAAAUUCACAAUAAUCAAGAUGGAUCAUUUCUAGAACCCAGGUGCUGCCCAGACUCUGACAUUGACAAUAACUGCAACUAAACAAAGAUACGCAACAAUGGAGAGAGAGAGAGAGCAUUCCAUAUUCUUUUGUAUUGAUCAAUUAAAUUUUACAAUUCUAUAGACAAAAUUUUGAGUAAUUUUUCUGCUAUGUAAAUAAAGCGAAUGUUUUUCUGGGAUGACAAUGAAGUGUAUCCCUCCCCAAAGAGUAUAGAUCUAAGCACACGAGAAUGAAAGUUUUUCUCUACUAGGUGUAUUUUGCUGGAUCUUCCUAUUUGUUUGUUAACCUGUUUGAUUUCAUUAAUUUCAUUGUUACUUACAGAUAGUUAAA